ACUCCAGCACAGCAUCCAGGAUUUCUCACACCUGGAGAGCCGCCAUUCGAUAUCCGUCAUCUGCACCUCCAUUUGCGCAGACACCAAGCGGGCUUGGCCGGCGCGACCCGACGACUCUCGCCUCGCAUCAGCAAUUCGGCCUCGCAUCAAUCCGCUCUCCCCCUCCUUCAACGACAGGCCUUGCGACGACCGAGCCUGAGUCUCUAGAUCGCACUGACCAUGGGAAAUAGCUGCACCAAGAAAAAUAGGGAGAUUGUUCCCAUCGACGAUAUCCCAAAGCAGUCCAGCGGACCACCGCCUGGCAAACCGCCGCCCCUGGACACCUCUCCGCCGAUUCCCGAGACAAGCUUUGUCCUCUUUCAGAAAACCGUCACAGGCUCACUGGUCCUCGCAAACGGCGCACUCGAAAUCAUACAGUCGCUGCCAGAACAUGUCCAGGUCGAGGUUGUCUCGGUGGUUGGCAAAUGCCGCACAGGCAAGUCGCUCCUGGCCAACCGACUGCUUGGCAUGAACCAGGGCAAUGCUUUCGCUGUCGGUGAUGCAAUGGAUCCGGCCGCAGAGACCUCGGUCAUCGGAUGCUUCCGCAAGAGUCAAGAUGGCGGAGCGGUAUGCCUGGUGGUCGAUGUCGAAGGGCUCUAUGACGCCAGCCUCGACCUCAUCAACUACGACAUUCUUGCCCUCACCCUGAUGAUUUCAACGGUGGUGGUGUGGAACUGUUUCCGUGGAUGUAUCGACAACAAGUGCUUUCUGGAGCUCUCUUCCACCAAGCGGGCCCUUGAGGCUCAAAACAUUGCGCCUCCACGGGGAACAUGCAGCCGCAUCUUUUGGGUGGUGAGGGACUGCCACUUGUCGCUCAUCCAACCGGCCCAGUCAUACGAUCUCUAUUUCGACCAGAUGCUGUCGCUGUUGCGAGGGGCAUACAAUGGCGACUUUACCUUUGCCGAAUUACCGGUGCCCAGCCCCGAGUCGACACGGGAAUACGUGAACUCGGCAAACGACUUCAAACCACAGCACCAGCCACUCGACAGUCACUUUGAGUUCCGGCUCACUUCCGUGGCCAAAAGUAUUGUUGAGGCGGCUGUGGCUCAGAGGGGAUACACCAAGAAAGAUUUAUUGCACACGCUCCAAAGCGUCGGCCCUGUCCUGAGGGAAUGUGCCUAUGAGUUUCACUUGCUUUACAAGUUGCAUCUGGAGGAUGUCACUGCCGGACUGCUGAGUGAAUUCGCGACCCGAGUGGAAGAAUACUUUGACAGCCAAGCACAUAUACGUGCCCGCCUCCUGUCGAGGCUCGAUCCGCUCUACCCGUCUCCAAGCAUCGACAUUGACUUUGGGCCGGUGCCUGCGUAUGAUUCCUGUACGUCGCCGCUAAAGGUCGAGGUCCCGAUGGCAGAGAACAAGCUCAAGCGGUUUCUCGAUUUUGUGUACACUCAAGGCUUUGGUGGAGAAAAGGACGCCGCCGCCAACAAAUUCAAGGUCUGAAACAGGCACCCCUGAAUGCAUCAUGGUCGACACUAUUGGUCGAGCUGGCUCUUCAAGCGAGUCGCUUCCGGGAACAAACACAAGCGGCGCUGACCGAGAAGACUACUCAGAUCUAUUCCGGGUUUGAUCUGGUAACAAAGGCGCGGAUCUCAAAGUCGAUCUCGGUGGUCGA